UGCGGCGGAGCCGGGAGGAGGCGGAGGUGCAGGGCAGGCGGCGCGCCCCGCGGAGCAGCAGGAUGCGGCCGCGGCUGUGAGGCCGGGCGGCGGCGGGGAGGUCGGAUGCGGGGCCCGGGGCGUCGCUGAGGAGGCUGGUCCCCCACUUCGGAGACGGCUCCGGACGCCCCCGCCGCGCCGGUCCGCGACGCCGGGGCCAACACGAUGAAGGAAUUGGGGGCCGAGCACUUGGCAGGUGGUGAAGGGGUUCAGCUUCUUGGAUUGUUGAACUUCUACCUGGAACAAGAAGAGAGAUACCAACCUCGAGAGAAAGGGCUGAGCUUGAUGGAGGCUACCCCAGAGAAUGAUAACACUUUGUGUUCAAGAUUGAGAAAUGCCAAAGUUGAAGAUUUAAGAAGUUUAACUAACUUUUUUGGAUCUUGCACUGAAACUUUUGUUCUGGCUGUCAAUAUUUUGGAUAGAUUCUUGGCACUUAUGAAGGUGAAACCGAAACAUUUGUCUUGUAUUGGGGUCUGUUGCUUUUUGCUGGCAGCUAGGAUGGUGGAAGAAGAAUGCAACGUUCCACCCACUCACGAUGUGAUCCGGAUCAGUCAGUGUAAAUGUACAGCUUCUGACCUUAAACGGAUGGAGAAAAUAAUCGCAGAGAAAUUGCACUAUGAAUUGGAAGCUACUACUGCCUUAAACUUUUUGCACUUAUACCAUGCAAUUGUAUUUUGUCAUACUUCAGAAAGGAAGGAAAUGCUGAGCCUUGAUAAACUGGAAGCCCAGCUGAAAGCUUGCACCUGCCGACUGGUCUUUUCAAAAGCAAAACCAUCUGUAUUAGCUCUGUGCCUUCUCAAUCUGGAAAUAGAAAUGAUAAAAUCCGUUGAAUUGCUGGAAAUCCUCCUGCUUGUUAAAAAGCAUUUGAAGAUCAGCGAAACUGAAUUCUUUUACUGGAGGGAACUAGUUUCUAAAUGCCUCGCAGAAUAUUCUUCUCCUGAAUGCUGCAAACCUGAUCUUAAGAAACUGGUUUGGAUUGUUUCACGGCGUACAGCGCAAAACCUCCACAACAGCUACUACAGCGUUCCUGAGCUGCCAACCAUCCCAGAGGGGGGCUGCUUUGAUGGAAGUGAAAGUGAGGACUCUUGUGAAGACAUGAGCUGUGGAGAGGAGAGUCUCAGCAGCUCCCCUCCCAGUGAUCAAGAGUGCGCCUUCUUUUUUGACUUCAAAGUGGCUCAGACACUGUGCUUUCCAUCUUAGAAUUCACGUGGUCUAUGGCAGGAUUUAAAGUAUGUGCACCUGUUUCAAAGCAAUAAAUGGGGGAGUAGGUAGUUUUCUAGUCCCGCCCCCAUCUAGACAGGAAUUUCACAGACUGGAAUACCUACCUUCUGUUUAUUAUUCAGAUCAGAUCUGGCCUAUUUUCAUAUUUAAUCCUAAGCCAUCAAAUGGGUUAGUGCCUCUUACAGUACUUUAAACAUUGGCACUUUAUUUUCUUGUGACUUUAUCUGUUGGGAGGAGGGAAGGUGCUGAUACCUUCAUUUACUUUUCAAGACUUUUACAGAUGAGUAGUGUAGCUCAUCUGAAACUAGAGCCUUCAGGCAUCUUAUUUAGCAGACUGGGAGUGUGCGAGUGCUUCCUUAGCAGGGACAGUGGGUAAUCCUUUCGUGCUUCAUCCUGGGUUUCCUUCUCCCCUCUUCUUAGAGACUGUACAGUUUUCUUCAGUGUCAAACACCAACUUUGUUUUUCUAAUGCUGUUGUAUUGUCUGAUACAGAUCUAUACCUUAAGAGUUAUAUUGACAUGUCUGUUAAUUUGUAAAUGUCUUGAGAUUUCUGCUAAAGCAGAAAUUGUCACCAGGCUAGGGCUAUUAGUUGCAUUCUUAUAUCUAAGUAUUUUCAGACUGUAGUAUUAUUUUAUUGUUAUCUAAAAGGUUCAUAAUAUGCUAGUUUUGCAUGCCCCUGUAUAAACAGGCAGAAGAGGAAAUGGAGCAGAUCUGAACAGAACCAGAAGUGGAAUUGUUAAGUGCUAAUUUAGCUCAUCUCAUGUCCUGUAUUAAAAAAUCUGCAUGAUUACUUUCUAAUUGUUUUACAGUUCACAUUUCAUAAUGUAUAUGGUGCCAAGAUUUGAAUAUGAAGUGAAAGAACUGCAGUGUUUGUUGUGUUAGUUGAAGGCAGUUCUGUGUGGUGAUACAGCCAUAGGAUGAGGAUGUGUACGCUCUGUACACAGAAGAUUUGUACAGAGAAUUUUUAACUUUAUAAGCCUAUGUGAAAAUGUAAAUCUUUAAAAAUGUACAUAAAAUACUGUAUUUUUCUACUUUGUGUGUGUGAUAAUCUGGUCAGUGCAUGUAAAUAUAAUUUAUUGUGUAUUCUAUAUUAUACCCAGACAUUGAUGACUAACUUUUUAUUAGUAAGUCAAUAACCAUUGAGGUGUUUUCCGAAGUAAAUUUUUUUGAAGUCAGAAUAGGUUAUAAUUCAAAAUAAAAAUAUUAAUGAAGUCUCCUUA